AUGGGUCCAGAGCCUGCACUACCCAUGUUCACUUUUGUGUUUAAUGAAAUAGUGUGUUCGUUGUCAAUAGAUACAUUCAGUAUUGUGUUGAGAUUUUCAACUGCUGCCUGGUGCUGUCACAGCGUGAUGCUGAUAAAGAAGGUCGGGGACGAAUUGAUGAACGAGUUCAUUCAAGUGCUGCAGUACUUGGGGGAGGAGGAAGACAUGCAGGUUGUGGUUGAGCCAGACAUGUACACUAGGCUGGCAAAGUCGCAUCCCCAUUUUGGCUUUGUCCACACAUACGAUGAGAACGAGGUGAACAGGUUGGGAGAGUGUGUUGACUUCGUUGCGUGUCUAGGGGGUGACGGCGUCAUCCUUCAUGCCUCACACCUCUUUGGUGAAGUCAUUCCUCCGGUGAUUUGCUUCCACCUGGGCUCCCUGGGCUUCCUGACCAACCACCUCUUCUCCGAGUACCGUCAGGCGCUGCGCAACGUGAUCUACGGCUGUGCCGACACAAGCCCCUGCAGCAUCCCCGACAGCUUCAGUGCGGGUGUGCUUAUCACACUGCGCAUGCGCCUGCUGUGUGAGGUCAUGCGGAAGGGCCAGGAAGCUCCUGUGCAGUCGUAUGAGGUGCUGAACGAGGUCGUGGUGGACAGGGGGGCCAGCCCAUACCUCACCAACAUCGAGUGCCUGGAGCGGGGGCGCAUGAUCACAAGGGUGCAAGCCGACGGCAUCAUCCUUGCAACCCCCACUGGCAGCACUGCUUACUCUGUGGCAGCAGGAGGCUCCAUGGUGCAUCCCAAUGUACCAGCGAUGCUGAUCACGCCCAUCUGCCCGCACUCGCUCACCUUCCGACCUGUGGUCCUGCCGGACUAUGCGGAUGUGGAACUGAAGAUACCCGAGGGCAGCCGGAGCACUGGGUGGGUCAGCUUCGAUGGGCGCGAGAGGAGGGAGCUCUGUGCGGGUGACAGCGUGCGAGUUCGGAUGAGCCGCCACCCUGUGCCCACCAUCAGCAAGGAGGACCAAACAGGCGACUGGUUCCACAGUCUAGAAAAAUGCUUCGGGUGGAACGAGAGGCUUCAGCAGAAGCCCCUCGACUAG